UUUUUUUGGGCAAAACCCCCCCGACCCAAACUUUCCACCCGGUGUUUCGAUAAUACACUCGGUUUCGGUCAUUCCUUAUUUCCACUCCCCCCGACGUCCUUCGUCCUCUACUGCCCGCCUGCGGACUUGCUUUUCACCAACCUACUUCUUGAACCUCCCUCUUCUUAUAUCCUCCGGAUCUCGAAUAUCAAAUCUACAUUUUACCAGGCGGAAAUAUUCUCUGUGUGGUGGAUAUUGUGUUUUGUGGGUCGACGUCUGACUGGUCCUGGCCGACGGAUAUUCUUCGUGUCGCAUUGCCGAGUCACGCAAAGACACCAGCGGAGAGUGUCUUUUUGGGGGGUCCUUAAACCGGAUUUCCGAUUGUAGUGAAUAUCUGUGGGGUGGUCAGAAAUAGUGAAGCAGCCUUGAGUACGCUCAACGGACCUUUCUGCGACAGCAAAUCUCUUCCUGCGGGAACCUGGAAGAAGUACCAGUUAUACGGCACUUGGGAUCAUUUUUGUGACAACGGAGAAUCUAUCAUUUGAAGAUUGGUCUGACAAUUCGACUCGUCCAACUGCCUGUUUGUGGAACAUGAGAUAAGUGCGCGCGGAGUGGUUUAUUGUACAAUCAGUACCGGGACGCUCGUUCGAACACUUUUACUUUCUCUUUCUCGCAUUGGCACAACCUGUGAAUAAUCGACCAUGGAAGCCACACUUACACAUCGGCCGUGGGAGCCUGCCACAACCGGAGCCCAAACCCCUACAGUCCCUUCUUCGCAGACCCUUCCAUCGAUAUCGACUCUGACAGCGAGUAUGACCAGCACCGCUGCUCCUCCAGCGGAGAAGUCGCCCGGCAAUGCGUCAUUGAACACGAUUGAGCGCGAUUCAGGGAACUGGUCGAUGCCUCAGAGUACAAGAUCUUCAACCUACUCUACGGCGACAAACGGGACCGGCAACUACCCCUCUCUCUCAUUCCUUACAUCCUCUCAACCCUCCCCUAAUCGAGUGUCCACGGUAUCCGAUCGAUCUCCUUACCCUACCGACCACUCCAAUACCAAUACACCCUCUUCCUCGGGCGCGCAGCCGUCCCCUAACUUUGGCUCGGCCCAACCCAAUCCAGCGCUUCCUUCCAUCAAUCAGAACUAUGACGCACCGUCGCAGCGAGGCAGCAUUGCAGAACCUCCGGAAUCACGACGGAGCAGUAUCGAUAGUCGGAUGAACCAGGGAAUAAGCUCUCUUGCCAUCAAUCCGGCGUCCCCUUACCACAGCACCAACGCCUCACAGACAUCGAUCGUCUCAGGAUUACAACGGGAGCGCGGGAUAUCUAUGGAUGUGAAUAUGGCCAAUACUUACCGGGGUCCCCGCUAUUCUGGGGGACAGCCUCUUUCCCCUCUGGGCCCACGGGCCAGCGAACAUCGUGGGUUUGCGGCUGGCCGCACUGCACCCGCAAUCUCGUCAAACCCUCGCUCAGAGAUUUAUAAUGCGGAGGCACCCACAGCCGGUCUUGCAUACGCAUUCCCAGAUCCGGACGUUGCACGGUCGAAUUCGAUCUCUUCUACGGCCGAAAAGUCGAACGUACAGUUUUCUAGAAAAGGAAGCACCGCAGAGUCUUUUUCAAGCAGCAUCUACUCGGAUACUCGUUUGCCUCGUGGUCAGCACGAACUCCCUCAAAAUGUCCACCAUCAUUCGCUGCAACACAAGCAGGUUCGUGGGCUUAUUGGAGAGGCCGACUUGCACAGCGGUAGCACCCCAUACAGCAGAACACCCGAGUUGAGGGUGACGCAUAAACUGGCGGAGCGGAAACGCCGCAGUGAGAUGAAGGACUGCUUCGAGGCUCUGCGGAUGCGUCUUCCGCAAAGCCAGAACAAUAAGUCGAGUAAAUGGGAGACUCUUACCCGAGCAAUUGAAUACAUUGGACAAUUGGAGAAGAUGCUCAGUACUGCUCGCCGAGAAAAUGAUAUCCUCCGGAACGAGGUGGACGAAAUGCGGGCUCAGCUUAAUCAGCAGCAGCAGCAACAAACUAAUGGGCAAUCUCGACCGCAGUCAAUGUUUGAGCAUCAUCCGAUGGCCACGCCGCAGGUCAAUGGGCAAUCACAUGGCUCCAUGUUUACUGGGUAUGCUCCGGGUGCUGGCAUGUCACAGGAGCAGCCACGGACUUUGCCUCCUUUGAUGAAUGGGUCUGUCGCGCCAAUGCAAGGCGUGCAGUACACCGACGAACGACGAUAGUUCAGCAAGGGAAAUUUUCUCUACGCGAUUUAUGACAUUGUCUUGCUACGAGUAUGUCGGUCUUGAGUCUGCUCCAUCCAGACUCUCGUGCCCCUAAACGCGGAAACGUCUUUUCUUUUCUUCUUUGGCUCACUUGUAGAUCUGACUCGGGCGGUUUUCUUUCUUCUUUUUUAUCCUCUUUUUUGUCGAGCGCGAACAUUCUCCGUCUCCCCAUCACCAUGCCUUUUCCUAAUUUCUUUCAGUGGCAGGCACUACUGUGUCUUAUCGAACCCGGCCUAUAAGUGGGCGACUUUUUCAUCACCAUUUUCUUUGAUAAACUUGCAUCAUGGUUCAUCUAUUUCUUUCUUUUUUCUCUCUCCUUUCGCAUUGGACACAAAAGGAUGUCUGGGAUCGGGAACUGGAUAUGGGAAGUGUAUGUUCAUUAUGUUGUCUUCACCGGUGACACUGUGGGUGCGGUUAUAGUGCGUGUGUACCAAAAGGAAAAAGCGCAAUCAAGCUUGGAAUAGGAGUGUGUGUGUGUAUGGUAACUCAUUUGAUAUCCCCAUGGUCUAAGUGAUUAUUAUGUUGAUGAAGCGUCCUGACACGAUUAUUGGGAUCGAUGUUGAAUUAAUAUUUAUAAAUCAAACAUUGACC